CCCCACUCACACGCCUAAUAACAUCAUUUUGAAUACGAAGUGCACUAUAAACGGUACACCACUGUACCCUAAGUAGUGAAUGUAUGUAGUUAGUCGGGAGGUAUUUGGAAUUGGGACGCGUGGACGCUAGCUAAACCGAGUCCGUCCAAACACCGGAAUCACUACUGAGCUAUUGUGGUAAAGUCGGUCAGCUCCACCAUCAGGAUGUUCAACCCUCACCAUCACCAGCAGCAGCAGCAGUUUCAUCAACACCUCCGUCAGCUACAGCAGCUGUUCCAGCAGCAGACCCCACCACCGCCUCCUCCACCCCCUCCACCACCACCCCAGCCUCCACCAACUCAUCAUAUCCCCCAUCACCAUGGGGGAGGACGGCCCAUGACCGUCCCGGCUCCAGCACCUCCUCCUGCCCGCAUGGUCAACCUGUGCUCUGCCACUCAGACCAUCAUCGCCCCUAAUCCCAUGCUGCAAGGCGCAUUACUGAUGCAGCAGAUGCAAGGAGGAAUGCGGAGCUUUGCCAUGGGUGGACAGCAGUUCCAGCAGUUUUUCGCUACAGGCUCAAGAUCCUCCAUUUUGGGUCCGGUUCCACUGGGUGUUGCUAUAAAGACUCCACAUAUGGGAUUUCCUCCACGACACUUCAACCCUCAUGCUCGCUAUUUUAACAACGACUUUCAGUCACGUCAGCCAGACAGGAAGAGAGAGAAUGAACCGAGACCUGCAAUCGGGCCCGACAGCCAGCCUGGAGCGAGCAGCAGCCGAGACGAAACCACAGCAGUUGCAGACGUCAGCGGUCAGUCAUCCACGCAGCAGCCGGACGAACCUGCUGCAAAGAAACAGAGAACCGAAGGGCCAAACGACCCGCUCGAGACCGAAGCCUCUCCGAAUGCUGAAUAUGAACGCACUGCUGAAGAUCCUGAUACUGCAGACUGCAUACUAGAAGAAGACGGGACAGUAGCCGGAUCCGAGGCGGCCGAGGCACUGGAGCAAAGCCGGGCAGCUGAGCAAGUGGAAGGCCCUGAAUCUUCACUUAAAGAUGCAGAUCAGCAGAGUAGCUCGAGCCAGUCAGAACCUGCGGGUUCGGUGACUGUAGCUGACGGUAAAGACGACACAGCCAGGAGCAGUGACGGGGCAGCAGCAGGAGGAGGAGGAGAAACUGCUAACAAAUUCUACUGCUAUAUCUGUAACAUUACCUGCCACAACCAACAAAAUUUCCAGAGCCAUAUGAAUGGGCUGGCUCAUCAGCAGAGGAUGAUGGAAAUUCAGCACAUGAGUAACGCCUGCCUCGUCACACUGCUGCCUCGUGUACAGGAGUCUCUGCAGGGGUCACGCAAAGACGGGGAGAAAAGGCCAGGCUUGCAGAGGUGGUGUCCCACCUGCAAAACCCACUUCACUACCAAUGUCAUGGACCAUCGUAAGACCAGGGAGCACAAGCUCUGUAGCCGUUCUGCGAGUCCCAGCUGCACCGUGUGUAAGCAGCAGUUCAGGACGUCCAGAGAGUUCAUUGAACACAUGCAGUCCACCGAACACAAACAGAGCAUGGAGCAGGUGUUAAAAGAAACCGGAAAAGGGAAUCUGGACGAAUUGGGCUUGGAGGUGUACACCGUGGGCGCUGAUGAAGAAGGCAUGGACAGUGAUGAGGAAGAGAGAAUGGAUGAAGAAAAUGGACAGCAGGAAGGACUGCCUGUACAGAUGGAGGUCACUUUGGAAGAUAUGACGGAGGAGGAAGAGUUCGACUCAGACACUGUAUAUGGUUCCAACUUCAUAAUUCCCGUGGCUGGGUUCCUGUGCCGACUGUGUAACGAGUUCUAUCACUACGAGGCCUCCGCAAGGCGCUCACACUGCAAAACACGCCAACACUUUGAGAAUCUAAAGAAAUAUAAGGCAUUAAAGAUUCAGGAAGCUUCAGCUUUACAGGCUUCAGAGUCAGCUUGCGCCUCAGAGGAUCAUCAAACCAAGGACGCAGAGUCUCCUAGUGGUUCCUCUUUAAGUGACCCUGCCAUCAGCAACAGUAGAUUAGUGUCCACUGAAGAAGCUACUGUUCAGGGAAGCAUCACUUCCACCACCACCACCACCACUACUACCACCAGCAAAGGGAAUAAUAAUAACAGCAGCAACAACAGCGCUCCAUCUUCUCCUAACCAGCAGCCUGCUUCUGGGUCUCCGGCCCAGUCCAAAGACCUGGAGGAAGACGUGGUCAUAGAGGAGCCUGAAGAAGAGGAAGACGUUCUCGUCCCUGAGGAGAAGACGACCCGAGGGCGCGGAAGAACGCCUGGCAAGAAAAGAGGGAGAGGAGGAAGACGACGCUGAGCGCUGGGGAAGAUGUCGAGAUGAGCUGCUACAGAGAGUCAGACGGAGUGGGGAAUAUUUAAUCCAAUGUCCGUUACCCAUCUUCUGCCUAAAAGCAUGGGAACCCCGGACAGUAGGACAGUCCCUGUAGAGAUUAGGUCUUUUAUUCAGUCAUUUUGUAGGUCCUCGCCCCCAGAUUCGACAUCUAAAUCCCUCGCAGGUUAUAGUAUUUUUUUGUUCUUUUGAGAUUUAUUCAGAAUGUGUGUAAUGACGAAGAAAGGAUCGAAGGAUCUUGCUCAUUUCCAUCUCCCGAGGUUUCCGAAGGUUCUCGAUCCCUCGCCAAGCUUGUAGUGACUUAGAAUGUAGCAACGUUGUUUUACUUUAACAAGCAUUUUUAACCUGGUUUUGUAAAGCGUAAAAAAACAAAACGACAAAAAAAAAAUAUUACGGUACAUUUAAUUCUGAAUGGAAAUUCGUGUUUUGAGAUGAUCUGUGGAAUAACGUGCCGCUGCGAAUCAAGUCAACAUCGUGUUUUAAAAAGAUAAACCUGAUCAUUAUAAUUUGGGCCACACUUUUAGCUUAAACUCAGGCAAAUCCUGAUCAGAAACCUGCGAUGUGCUCUCGGAUUAAUCGUUUCCCGGUCGUAGGCCGGAUGUAUCGACACGCCUCAUCGCUGCUGUGUCUCCUAGAGGGGAAAAGGAAGCGAGUGACCGCGUGUGUGCGUGCGUCAUACACGUCAAUCCUUCAUACGUCGGAUUCGAACCUUCGUGUAAGCUCUCGCAGGUUCACCUAAAAAAUCAGCGCUCUUUGGAGAGCAUUUUAUUUUAUUUUUUCUACGCAUGCUAUUCCAACGACCAAGAAGGAAAGUGUUACUUCUUCACGAGCGUUUUCUCGCAGUCUUAGCCUAGAAUCCGGGAUUCUCGAGCAUCAUCUUAGUGUCCUAGUGUCAGUGGAGUUGUUGUUCUUAAUGUCGUUAGUUUAGCUGGAUGUUUUUUCCUACCAAGCCGUUUUUCUCAUGCUCCUGUCACUAGGUGAAGAAUAAUCUGUCUUUUUUUUUUUUCUUUCUUUCUUUCAUUCUGAAGUCAGUAAUUCUCUCUUUUAUCAUUCACUCGGUUUAGUUUACAGUGUGUGUGUGUGUGUGUGUGUAUGUGUGUGUGUGGUCCGAAACCAUGAAAGGAAACGGCGUAAUCACGAUCUGAUCGACUCUAUAAACACGGCUAUGGACACAGCUAUCACGGUGGGUUUCAAAGCGUCUCCGGACACGUACGUCAGUCUGCCGUUCCCGUGUUUGUUCGACGUCUCUCCGAAUUCUGUGCUUACGUGAGCAAAACGAGCCGAGCGGAGAACUUUUCAUGGAUAACCUAGAUUCAUUCAUUCAUUCAUAGAUCCUGUAUAAACACUGAAGAGUUGCUUUAUAUACGGUUUUGUUUUCUUUUUGAGGAUCUUUUUACUCCCUCAGUGGCAUUAGUUGUGUGAUUGUAAUGCUUAUUUUACCCCUGUGUGUUGUUUUAUGUCAUUUUUUUCCCCCUCAUCAUCACAAGCACUGUCAAAAUACACUGGAAAGAAAAGAAAACCCCUAAAUGCAUGUUUUGUGUGUUUAACCUGGGAUGUGAUAUUUGGCUGCAGUACACUUGGUGUUUUAAAGAAGAAGAAGAAGAAACAGCGGGGCAUUAGGGUGUAAUUAACAAUUGGUACUUUUUUUUUAAAAUAUAUACACUAUAUUGCCAAAAGUUUUGGGACACCCCUCCAAAUCAUUGAAUUCAGGGGUUGGGCUUGGCCCCUUAGUUCCAGUGAAAGGAACUCUUAAUGCUUCAGCUUCAUACCAAGACAUUUUGGACAAUUUCAUGCUCUUUGUGGGAACAGUUUGGGGAUGACCCCUUCCUGUUCCAACAUGACUGCACACCAGUGACCAAAGCAAGGUCCAUAAAGACAUGGAUGAGGGAGUUUGGUGUGAAGGCACUUGACUGGCCUACACAGAGUCCUGACCUCAACCCCAUAGAACACCUUUGGGAUGAAUUACAGCGGAGACUGUGAGCCAGGUAUUCUCGUCUAACAUCAGUGCCUGACCUCACAAAUAGAGGAAUGGUCAACAAUUCCCAUAAACACACUCCUAAACCUUGUGGAAAGCUUUCCCAGAAGAGUUGAAGCUGUUAUAGCUGCAAAAGGGUGGGACAACUCCAUGUUACAUUCACAUCCUAAAACUUUUGGCAAUAUAGUGUAUAUUUAAAAAUCCCAAAUGGAUUUUCUCUUCUAAUUUUCCCCUGAUGAUACUCGGAUAAAUUUUUUGUCUUGAAAGGUUUCAGUGUCAUUGGCAUGAUUUCUUUAAAUUAUUGGAUUGACUAACAGUAGUGGGGAAAGUUUGGUGUUUGUUCAGUGAAGAUAGUAAGUGCUUUGAAUUGUUUUAGCGAUUUCCGGAAAGAUCUAAAGCCGUGCACAGGUCUAGUUGCGCCCUCGUACUGUCCAGGAAUUUUAUUAUGAACAAAUCUGGUCGAUAGAAUUGAGACGUUUCUUUAGGAUUUGUAAAAGUCAACACAGUUCCUAUUUGAGGUGUACAUUUGUUAAGCCGAUAAGUCCUUCCUGAAUUUUUCUUAUUUUAAUGAAAGGCCACAAGCACCACAUGCAGUAUUAAUCACUCAGAAAUCAAUAGACAGUCCAGUCCAGUCUUCUAUUUAACAACUAAACUCUAUAAACGUACACCUUAAAUCCAGUUCCAGAAAGAAAACACCACCAUUCAUUGUAGUCUUGUACUCACACGGCUGUUUCGAAAGACAAAGGAAAAUAUCGUUAAGGAAAGCUGUAGAGAUUUGAGUCCUACCUCCUACCAGGACCACAACAUUAUGGGGAAAAGAUUGCCACUAGAAUGGAACUGUACAUUUCAUAAUCUAUUUUUAUUCUACAAAUGAAAUAAGGAUUUUAAAACAAAAAAGGUUGUUUUAUAGGAGCUGGAAGCAUCUUGUUUGUUUUUUUCUCUCUCUCUCCUCCAGAUGUUUGUUUUCUGCAUUUUAAUGUCUAUUAAAAUAUUUGAUGAUUGAGCUUC